CAAAAGCCCGGCACCUCCCACCCCCCAAAUCUCGCCGCCUUCACCACUCUCCCAUCUCAUCACCACCCAACGCUCAACCCCAUUUUACUCGCGACAACCACGUCUUUUGGAUUCCAUCCAUCUGCAUCUGCAAUCCAUCUUGUCCACUUUCCCCCACAUUCUCAAAACAUCACCAAAAUGCCUCCCAAGGCCGCAGACAAGAAGCCCGCCUCCAAGGCCCCCGCCACUGCCUCCAAGGCUCCUGAGAAGAAGGACGCCGGCAAGAAGACCGCUGCUUCUGGCGACAAGAAGAAGCGCACCAAGGCUCGCAAGGAGACCUACUCCUCCUACAUCUACAAGGUCCUCAAGCAGGUCCACCCCGACACUGGUAUCUCCAACCGUGCCAUGUCCAUCCUCAACUCGUUCGUCAACGACAUCUUCGAGCGCGUCGCCACCGAGGCUUCCAAGCUUGCUGCCUACAACAAGAAGUCUACCAUCUCCUCCCGAGAGAUCCAGACCUCUGUCCGUCUCAUCCUGCCUGGUGAGCUGGCCAAGCACGCCGUGUCUGAGGGCACGAAGGCCGUCACCAAGUACUCUUCCUCCACGAAAUAAGCGCGUGGCUAGGGUCUGGAUUUCCUUUUUCUCUAUGGGCACAGGAUGAGCUUUGGCAUUUGGUACUUGAUGAGAUAUACCAAGGCCCAUGAUCCUUGGGUGUCUUAAUGCGUCACGGAUGGUCUUGUUUUUGGGGCAAUGCUUUUUCACACGGUCAACGGGGUUUGCGGCUGUACAAAUACUCCUUCAGAAUAGGGUUUCGGAAGCAAUGAAAUCGUGCAUAUG